AUGGCGGAGGAAGAUCAAGAUGGCUUCGGAGGGCUUUUUGACGGCGCUAGCGCAAGUGACGACGACGACUCUGGAGGAGAAGAAACGGGCCCGGCGCUAGUAGAAGAGGAGUACACCCGAACACCGCCGAAGGGGUCGGCGGAGGGGAGGGGCGCACUGCCGCCACGGCCGUCGACCCUGAAACUCUCCCUGGUUAACUCUCGCCACAGCCUGUGGGGGCACCGCCUGUGGAACGCCGCUCUCCUUCUCGCAGACAUGGUGGACAAAGAUGAAUUUGACGUCCGGGGCAAGAGAGUUCUCGAGCUCGGGGCUGGGGCAGGACUGCCAGCGCUCAUCUGUGCCCUGAAAGGUGCCACCAAGGUCGUCAUCUCCGACUACGCAACGUCCACCGACGCCGCCCUGAUGGUCCCCAUCCAGAUCAACAUCGACCGAGUCCAGCCAGAGUUCGUGCCCGAAGGCACCCUCCACGCCGUCGGGCACGUGUGGGGGCAGGCGGUGGAGGACCUCCUCGUCCCUCUGCGGACAGGGAGCUCGUUAUCAUUACGCCACGAAAACGGCGGCGGCAGCAGUAGUGAUGGAGAGAAGAACGCAAGCCUCGGUAGCGGCGCCGCCGACAGCGGUCGAGAGAAAAACGCAAACCUUGGUGGCGCCGCCGCCGGGGCGCCGGUACAAGAUACGGGUACAGAGGAGGAGGUUGCGUCGGUGCAUGGGCAAGGAGAAGGAAGCCCGAGGAGUUGCCAUCGUGCGAGGCCGAUAGGAGGCGGGGGCGGGGAUGGGGAGGGGUUCGACGUGGUGAUCAUGGCCGAUCUUCUCUUCAACCGGUCGCAGCACGCGCAGCUGCUCGAGACUUGCGACCGCUGCCUGCUCGGGAGAGGGUCGGGAAGCACGGCGACCGCGGCGGCGGCGGCGGCGGCGGCGGCGACGGUGUGGGUGAGCUUCUCCCACCACGAUCCCGAGAAGGCAGAGCUGGACAUGAAGUUCUUCGAGUUGGCCAAGGAGAAAGGGUUCGUCGCGACGCGGAUCAAGACGGUGCAAAUGCGAGAUCUCUUCGUGGAGAACGAUGGCUUGGACGACCUAAGAGGCCAAGUACACCUAUGGUGCCUCAAGCGACGAUGA